UGCCACCGCGCGGUCGGAUCCUGGCGGGAAGGGAAUAACGGUAGACUUCCGCAGCGCCAGCCCCGCCAAAGGUACUUCAGAGUGGUCUUAUAAAAUGGAAGACAAAGUCAAAGAUCUUGUUGCUAGAGGAUUUUACAGAGACAAGAUAUGGAUUCAGUGUGAGAAUGAAAAAUGCUUGAAGUGGAGACUUCUAACAAAUAAUGAUGCAGCACUUGUGGAUUCAAGCAAGCCUUGGUACUGUCACAUGAACAGUGACUCUUGGUUUAAUUGUUGUUCUGUGCCUGAAGAGAGAUACCCUGAGGAAUCUGUAUUCCACAAGUGUGGACAGAAGUUUGUCUACUCGCAACUUCCGUUGGGAAGCCUGGUUUUAGCCAAAGUGUCAGGAUGGCCCAGCUGGCCUUCCAUCCUUUGUCCAGAUGGUUUUACUGGACAAUAUGUCACAUAUGAUGAAGAUGGCUUUGUAGAACAGUAUCACACAGAGUUCUUGGGAAAGCCGCACACUACAAGUUGGGUUGCAGUGCGUUAUGUUGAACCCUAUGGCACAGGCAAAUUGGUAGAAAAUUUAAAGAAAACCAGACAGUGGUAUAAAAGUGCAUUGGAAGAAGCCAAGGUGUUCUCAAGACUUAGUUCUGAAGAGAGACUCAGAAUGUGCCAUCUGAGCCAUCAAGGUAUGAAGAAGCCAUUUCAUAGAAAGAACAGAAGAUUUGCACAAAACGAAUUGGUUGAAAACAAUGUGAAUCUGUUAUCUGACUGGAAAGCUACAGCUUUUCAAGAGACCGAACUGAAAGUUUCCACAGAUGAUGAAGAAGAUUGCAUAUUAAUUGAUGGAAUAAAAUUUAAGACUGGGAAGUGCAUUGAAGAAAUCACAAAUCAGUUGAAAGAGAUUGAUAUUAUUAUGGCUGAGCUAGAAGUGUGCCUUUAA